AUGUUUCUGUCAGGGUGUUUGACAUUGAAAUUGAAGGUGCUGUGGGGGAUGUCACUGUCGGGGUGUUUGAGGUUGAGAUUGAAGGCGCUGUGGGGGAUGUUUCCAUCAAGGUGUUUGACAUUGAAAUUGAAGGUGCCGCAGGAGAUGUCUCCGUUAGGGUGUUUGUCAUUAAAAUUGAAGGUGCCGCGGGGGAUGUCUCCGUCGGGGUGUUUGUCAUUAAAAUUGAAGGUACCGUGGGGGAUGUCUCCGUUGGGGUGUUUGUCAUUAAAAUUGAAGGUGCUGCGGGGGAUGUCUCCGUCGGGGUGUUUGUGGUUGAGAUUGAAGGUACCAUGGGGGAUGUCUCCGUCGGGGUGUUUGUCAUUAAAAUUGAAGGUGCCGCGGGGGAUGUCUCCGUCGGGGUGUUUGUCAUUAAAAUUGAAGGUGCCGCGGGGGAUGUCUCCGUCGGGGUGUUUGUCAUUAAAAUUGAAGGUGCCGCGGGGGAUGUCACCGUCGGGGUGUUUGUCAUUGAAAUUGAAGGCGCCAUGGAGGAUGUUGAGAUUGAAGGUGCCGCGGGGGAUGUCUCCAUCAGGGUGUUUGACAUUGAAAUUGAAGGUGCCGCGGGGAUGUCUCUGUCGGGGUGUUUGUCAUUAA